AUGUCUACUCAGGCACCCACGCCGGCGCUUCCAGAAAGGGCCAGCGCACGAGGGAGCACCCCGUCCACUGCCUGCCAGGUCCUCGAGCCCACAAUCCAGCCAGUUCAGGAAAACGGGGUACUGGGACGAUCGGACUUCUGGCCACGAGAUGGUACCAGGUCUGAAUCCCCUACCACCCUCGGAAAUCUCCGGUCAGGAAGAGCCCGCAAGGCAGGGAGCUGCGUGCUGAGAAGCAAGCCCCUGCCGCCCCUCUGGUCACCCGGGGAGAUGAGCCGCUGCCGGCCCGAGGGAGCUGGUCCCACAAGCCAAGAGGAGUGA